UUUACUCUCGUGUAAUCGCCACCAUGACAGGUACGAAGCCCCCAGUUUUUUAUUGCUCUCUUCAGUUUCUUUCUCCUGUGUAUGAAAGUUUGGGUUUUCUAGCCGUUAACUCCUUCAUUUUGCGCUUCCUUGUCGUGGCUGUCGAGCCCCACAUGCAGCGAUCGGGCUGUUGUGACUCGGUAUGUAACUUCAGCGGUUAGUGACUUUUUUUCGAUUUGCUUCCAGGCUUUCCUGCUCGGGGUCUGUCUAAACCACUCCUGAAGUCAUUGUAGCUGUCGUGACCCCGGUGGAGACAUCUCGUUCCGAGUUUCCGUUUGUGACGGCUGACGCAUGCAGGGGCUGCCAUGCUGGGGCCGCGAGCUGCUUACCUGUUGAACAGCAUUUUCCCCUUCUCUGUAACUCACUCCAACAACAACUUUCACCACAUUCUUUUCGAUUCUUUAGGUGGUUUCUCUUCCGGGCAAAACUCGCAUCAUUCCCUUGUCUGCUGUAAGGCGCUCCAUCGUUACCCGUUAUAACCUAGCGGGGCAUAUCUUGUGUCAGACCCACUCAGGGUCACGAGCACUUGAGCUUUGGUCUUUCAGCGGAGAAAAAGCGGGAAGAAAGGUGACUGCAUACUCUGUUUCAAAUCAUAAUUCAACUCCCGCUUUUGUCGUCGGUUUCUAGCUCAUCGCGAUGGCACGCCUGGGUGCCGCGCGCCGCCCAGGCCCUGCUGGGAAAAACGACAAGCGGGGGAACCGUUCGCGCGGUUCUACGGCUCUUCACCUACCAGCCAAAUUUUCAAAAAAUGUAAAGAAAGGCACACUGUUUGAGACGGAGGCGGACCAGUUUGGUCUCGAUGAAGUGGAAGAGUCUUACCGCUGUAGGGAACGCCGCAAGCUCGGCGGGAGCGGCUCCGCCGCAGAAGAGUUCAUUCGUCUUGGCGACAAAGGUGACGAUGAGAGCGAUGAAGAGCACGAACGCCGACUCAUGGGACUCGAGGGUGCAGAGGAUGCACUAGAUGACGACGAUCAAGAACUGGAAGAGGAAGAAGAGGACGCGGAGGAAGAUGAGGAAGAAGCAGAAGAUGAAGUGGGCGCGCGAACAGCUUGGGGACGGUCGGCGAAGGCCUUCUACGCCGACGAGGACGAAGAGGAGGAAGCGGAGUCGGCAGAAGAGGAAGAAAAUAUGCGCAUGCGGGAAGAAGAAGCGCGCCAGAUUGAAGAGGAAGAAGAAGUGGAGGGAUUGGACGAAGAUGACUUCGGAUUGUCGAGCCUAGCGGAAGCCGCGCGGGGUCAGCGGAAGGCAGGUGCGUCGACGAGAACGCCUGACGAAGACACAUCCGAAGAUGAUGAAUCUGAGGGAAGUGAUCAGGAGUUGCAUUCAAUACUGAGUGGAUUCGAGGCGGCCUCCUCUCGGGCCAAAGAGACAGCGCAUGUUCAUCUCCUACUGUCCUCCUCGGAGUUCCAAGCUCUGUCGGAGCAGGAACGCCAGAAGAUUCUGACGGAGGAACACCCGGAAUUGCAGAGCCUGUUGGACCAGCUGAAGACGUCCCUGCAGGACGUACGAGGCACGGUGCGGCCGCUGCUUCGAAAAGCCAAGUGCCGACAACUCAUCACGAAGGAGGGGCUGUCGUUUUUGGACACGAAAAACCAACUGCUGGUGGCGUAUUUGACUUACCUGAGCUACUACGUUCUUCUGAAGACCCACGGCAUCCCCGUCACGGACCAUCCUGUGAUCGAGAGACUCGUGGAGGUGCGCCUGUUGCUGGAGAAACUGAAACCAAUCGACGACAGGCUUCGGCUGCAGAUCAACCGCCUACUGCAGCUAGCGAAGGAAAAGAACGUCACAGAUGUGGAAGGUGACGAAGACGUGGCUGCUGCCCGACCUCGUCCCGACCUUCUCUUGGGUGUCGGCGAGGAGAGACAUGAUGGAGAAGCUUCCACAGAAGAGGAAGAAGACAGCGAGAAACCCAAAGGAAAGAAGGCGAACAAGGCAGACGACGAUGAGGGCACUCAGUUGUACAAGCCCCCGAAAAUCCUAGCUAUGGAGUACCACGCUGAAGAUCAGGUCAACAAAGUGAAGGCCAAGGCAGAGCGAGAAUUGCGCCGAGCCGCGGAGCGCCUGAAGCGAAGCGAGUUGGUGCGUGCAGUUCGCGAAGAAGUUGGCGAUGCUCCAGAGGAAGUCGGCCUCGAACAAUGGAUCCAAGUCCAGCAAAGUCGUCUAGGUUCGGCAGCCUCAAUUGCCAAGCAGCGCGCUCGAGAAGCCUUUGAAGAAGAAAACAUGGUCCGCCUGUCCAUGUCGAAGAAAGACAGGAAAGAGCGGCAAAUGUCCAAGAAGCUGGAGGAACACCAGAGACGGAUGACGGUGGGAACGACAUUGGGUGAAUUGACCGCAUUUUCAGAGUCGACACUGGAUGCGUUGGGAGACGACGAGGAGGACCCAACUCUCGGCCGCGCUAACAAAAGCAAGAAGAAGCAGAAAAAUGCUCUGAACGCUUAUCUGAAUGCCGCCAAGCAGGCCUCUGAGACAGCACGGAGGGCGGAGGCGGCUCUCCAGGCCGACCGCGCAAUUCUGUCGAGACAGGAAAACCAAAAAACGUUGUCUUUCAAUCUGAUGCUCAACAAGCAGAAGAAAGACCAGGGCAGGCAAGUGGAAGACGACGGCGAGUUUGAGGAUGUGCUUUCCGGGAAAGCAAGGAAAGGAAAGAGAAUGGAAGAGAGCGAAGCCCGGGCCGAGGCGCCGUAUCGUGAAGAAGAUCUUGACGCUUUUGAUGAGCUGCUUGAAACUCAGAAGAUCCGCAAGACUGCGAAGAAGAAGCAGAUGGUAGAGCGGGCCAAGGCAUUCAUCCCGAGUGUUCCCGAAGCGGUCGACGGCCAGAGAGCAACGACGCGCCAAAUCUUGAAGAACAAGGGUUUGACUCGGAAGAGGAAGAAGUUCGAAGGAAACGCCCGAGUCCACAACAGAAUGAAGUUCGAAAGCAAGAUGAAGAAACUGAAGACGAUUCGACCACCAGGGCGCGAAGUGGAGGGCGAUUCGUACAUGGGAGAGGAAUCUGGAAUUCGGACAAAUCUCAAAAAGUCACGGACCUUGUCGUAAUGUCGUUGUCAUGGUCUUUUGUUGUUGGUUACCACCGUUUACCUCACUGCAUAUUGAUUCACCUGCUUGCAUGUUUAUACGGUGACAAACAAACGCGUAUUUUCAUCACCCGUCACUUAACCGCGCUUCGUUUCUUAAUUAACUCGCCAUUGGAGUAUCUUUCUGCUAGGUAUACAUUCAGACUUGGUAAGCGGUUUUCUUCGCAAUGUCUCUUGUUCAGCUUCUCCCUUUCGAAGAGAGCAUUCACCUGUUAUUGCUAGUAAACAGGAAAUCGGGUGAUCAGUGUAUUCACGAAACUGCAUCGUUAAGUGUUACAUACUGCACUGGCGGCUUCACAGAAGCUGAUCGCUUCUCACUUUUUUUAGAAACAGAUGUGAGUAGGGUAAACCUUGAGUGAGCUUUUUAUUUCGUGCACAGUAAGCAGCGUGAACAGCUCCGCACGGUGUUGCACGGGGAUCCGGCGUAAGAACCAGGAAAGCUCGUAGUUCGAUGAAGCCCACAGGCUGUCUGAACCCAGUGUAGUAGGUGGGAGGUCACCGGGCCUUUGGUACAAGAAUCGUCACAGCACCGUCUGCCUU